CUCGGGUGCUGCGGCAGCCGCAGCGCCUGCCGCGGCUCGGGCUCCGGCUCCGGCUCCCGGGCUUUUAAAGGGGACGCGGCGGCGGCCCGGGGGGAUGGAGGGCAGGUGGAGGGGACAGCCCAGACGCAUUUCAUCCACAGCCCCUCGGGGCUGAAGGGACCCGUGAGCCGGAGCCCAGAAAUCCGGGGGUGGUUAAGACACUGCGUCCUCUCCAAUUCCCAGAAGCUCCAUCCUGCACCCAAAUACCUCAGCCAGCCCCCUGCCCGCCCCCAACUCGCAACUCAGCCCGGAGGACUCUGCCGCCGCCGCACCCCACCAGCUCUGGAUGACAGCUGGUGGCCAGCAGAGUCCCUGACGGUGGUGCCCAAGGUGAUGUACUGACAAUGAGCGGGUGUUUUCCAGUUGCUGGCCUGCGAUGCCUGUCUAGGGUAUGUCGUGGCCUGGCGCGGGAGGUCCCUACCUCCCCAAGCCCCUCUGCUUCUUCUGCUGCCUGCUUGCUUCGGACUCUGCCAGAAACCCCACCCGCUGAAACGUUCCUCCCAGGGAAUUGGCAAGUGAUUAGUGAUGAGCUGUCAGCACAGGGCCCUCAGACUUCCUGGAGAAGCUGUGUCCCAUCUCUGGACCCCUGCCCAGUGCCAUCUGGCUGGAAACAGCUCCCAAAGAGCCUUCCUGGAUCUUGUGUGGUCAACCCACUUCCUUGGUCUUGGAUGUGCCAGCGCCUCUGGCCACGGCCUGCUAACCAGCCUCUCUCGGGCCGGCUCCCGCCGCGCCCCCUCUCGCUUGCCCCCUCCUCCUCCUGCUCCUCUCCCCCCUGCUCCCAGGACGGCGGGAUGGCCGCGCAGGGCGAGCCACGCUUCCUCCUGACUUUCGACUUCGAUGAGACCAUAGUGGACGAGAACAGCGACGACUCCAUCGUGCGCGCCGCGCCGGGCCAGCGACUGCCCGAGAGCCUGCGCGCCACCUACAGGGAGGGCUUCUACAACGAGUACAUGCAGCGCGUCUUCAAGUAUCUGGGCGAGCAGGGCGUGCGGCCGCGGGACCUGCGCGCCGUCUACGAGGCCAUCCCCCUGUCGCCGGGCAUGGGCGACCUGCUGCAGUUCGUGGCCAAGCAGGGCUCCUGCUUCGAGGUCAUUCUCAUCUCCGACGCCAACACCUUCGGCGUGGAGAGCGCGCUGCGCGCCGCCGGCCACCACGGCCUGUUCCGCCGCAUCCUCAGCAACCCGUCGGGGCCCGACGCGCGCGGGCUGCUGGCGCUGCGGCCCUUCCACACGCACAGCUGCGCGCGCUGCCCCACCAACAUGUGCAAGCACAAGGUGCUCAGCGACUACCUGCGCGAGCGGGCCCACGACGGCGUGCACUUCGAGCGCCUGUUCUACGUGGGCGACGGCGCCAACGACUUCUGCCCCAUGGGGCUGCUGGCCGGCGGCGACGUGGCCUUCCCGCGUCGCGGCUACCCCAUGCACCGCCUUAUCCAGGAGGCGCAGAAAGCCGAGCCCAGCUCCUUCCGCGCCAGCGUGGUGCCCUGGGAGACGGCGGCCGACGUGCGCCUCCAUCUGCAACAGGUGCUGAAGACGUGCUGAGGACGCUGCCUGCAGGGGGAGGGCUGGGCCCCGCGAGCGGCAGAGGGCAGGGCGGCUGAGCGGCUGGGUGGAGCUCGGGAAGGACCAAGCUAGUUGGAUGAUUCCCUUUCCCCUUGCGCUUUGGUCAGUCCCUCCAGGGAUUUCGGGAAUGGCGGGCGCUUCCACUGGGGGCUGGAGAGGAAGUGUGUAUGUGUGUGUGUGUGUGUGGGGGGGGGGGGGGGCUGUCCCAGUCUAUGCAGCUCGGGCACAGUGUUCCGCCAGGGAAGACCGCAGUGUUUCCAGAAACCUUGUUCUCCUGACCAAGGAAAGAGCUCCCUGAGGAGAGAAGGAACAUCUCCCACUGCUUAUAAAGGCUGCCCGAGCCUUGUAACACGAGGUCCACCCACUUUUCAAGAGCUCCCGGGUCCCGAAGUUUCCUCAGAACCGGACUCUGCGGAGAGAUGCCCCUGUCCCGUGCAGGCCUAGAUCUUCAUCUACUGCGACUCCACGCCUCUUAUCUCAACCUCCACCCGCCAGCACACCCAGACUGGGGGGCGGGAGAAGCCAGAGGGAAUAGUCGCCUCCUGGUGGUGGAAUGAGGUAGCACGUUGUCCGGCUGGGGGGGGGGGGUGUUCAGCCAGCCAAAGACCUCAAGGCACCGGACUGUCUCCUCACACCUCAGCGUCCUCUAUGCAGCAGGAGACCAGGGACUUUACCAAAGUCACCCUGCCGGCUGGAAUUCCCCCCUCCCCUCCCCUGCACCCCCCCUCCCCGUAUGGAACUGAAAGCCAUGAUGUUUUAAAGCAGAGCCAGUGUAACCCAAGCCCCUCCUCCCCCUUUGGUGUUUUAAGAGCUAUAAAGGAGGCAAAAGGGGGAAAAAGAAAA